UGAAAAGAACAAAUGUAACGCAACUUCUCAGGUUACAGACAGAAUGACAGGAUUCACAAAGUUUAUCAAGGAAGAUUCAAUUUCCGUUAUCCGUCAAUCCCAACAGUAUUACAAAAACUUGAAGGCACCACUAGAGGACGCACCCCCCUACAAACCGGAAGUACAGUCAUCGCCCGCUUGUCAACAAGUUGCUGGAACUUAAAUUUUAGUUUUUUCUCCCCAGAAACUAUAAUCGAUCAAACAAUAAACAACAAUGUCGGGGUCAUCAAGCAUCGUAGCGAUGAAGAAAAUCGUCCAGCAACUACGGUUUGAAGCAGGAAUAAAUCGAGUGAAGGUGUCCAUGGCCGCUGCUGACCUACAGCAGUUUUGUCUUCAUAACGCCCAGCAUGACCCGCUACUCACUGGAAUGUCAUCCAGCAACAACCCCUUCAGACCUCAGAAAGUGUGCUCCUUCCUAUAGCAGCGGGGCCCUGGUCACCGUCUUCAGUUGUGUGGUGCCUCGGGUGGAUGGACUGGAAUCGCCUCAGGAGUGUUAGGGAAAAUUGCAACUAACUUAAGUUUCGUUUUUAAUUGCCUUCAUAACGUUCCACUCGUAAACAUUUCUGGGUGCUUACAUUUUCCACAUAUUUUCUGUAUGUUUUAAACAAUUACAUUGAGUUCCUUGGUUUAAUGCGGCAAAACCAUGUAAAUCAAGGGUUUUCAUCCAUCAGUAAACUACUGUAGUAUGAAAAAACAUUGAAAAUGUGUAUUUUUCAGGCCUUCCUGUGAUGUGCAACCAUUUCUACUUCCAUGCACAAACUAUCCUCAAUGUCAUUCUUGUAUUAAAUAAAUAUAUGAAAAUCAGUCCUACUCCGUAAAAAUCUGCCUAAUCCCAAAAUGUCAUGGUUAUGUUUGUAUGAAAUGGAUAGAAAAACAACGAAUCACAGGACCAACCCCCCCCCCCCCAUGUGCCUUAGGAAUUGUAGUUGGCAUGGUUGACGUAAAGAAUAAAUACAUUUCACUCUGUGAAAAUUAUAUAUUUUCCAUAUCACACAAGAUUUUAUAUAGUUCAGUUGGCACUAUGUCUCCGAGUAAGCUCUUCAUAAUUGUUCAUGUUUGUAAAGAUGACAUAGUAUUCAACUGCACUACAAGGUAUCAGACAGACACUAAAAAACAAAAAACAAUUUGUUAUACACAAUUGUGAGACAUUCUUGAGAGGGGCCGAGGAUCCGUAAAUAACAAUUAACACCUUGUUGUGUGUUAAAUGCAACAGAAAGCAAUAAAAUCUGUGUUUCUCCAUCGUGUGUGUAAUCAAGCCUGUAACUGCUCUCCUCUGUUGGUUACAGGACUCAAAAUCCAUGAAUAGCACAAUACAGUCAUUUUGAGGGAAACCACAAACUGGGCGAUAAACAGAUGUCCAUGCGUAAUCCCAGGAGGGAUAUUUUGCCUUCACAGCUGGAAUUUCCGCCUACAGGCAUCCAUUUCAUGGCGCUAAAAAAAGGGGGGUAACAUAUUAGCAAUAAUUACUAGAAUGCUGAGAGUAGCCACUCCUAUAAACAUUUGGAUGUGGGUUGCAUCCAAUUUGUUUGGAUUUGCUUUAUUUUCCGCACUAUAA